ACUUUAAUAUGGCCACCCCGUUAUUACGGCCAGAUUUUUGUUGCCCGUUGGUGACCGGAUGAACGAGGUUCCACUCAACGAGCAAUUUCGCGUGGAAACAAAACAUGUCUGCAAAAUGGUCAAACCUGUCCAGCUGUUAAAAUUUUCUCUGGCAAGUAAAAACCUUCCUUCGUUGUAACUCGAUAAAUUUGUAUGUGGGUCAUGUUUUGAGUCUGUUUUCACGGUAUCUUAGUGUUUGCUCGUGAACCAGAAAUAAUAUAAUUGUUCCCUCGGACAAGUCAUGAUUAAGAUUCGCUUGUCCACAUCACAUUUUCACCUUCAAGUUCCUGACAGUAGGACAGAGGUAAGGAUAUUUAGCCAGAGCAUUCAAAAUAUACAUUCUCAGGAGCCCAUCGAUUGUUACAAAACAAACGAAAGAUGAGAAAAGAAAAGCAAACUAUAUGAACAAAGCAAUUGCUGCCUGUGAGACCUAGAAGUCAUAAGAUGACAACAAGCCCAUACAAAGUAAUCUCCGAUUCUAAGUUCAUUAAAAAAUGAUUAAAUAAAGAAACUGAAAUAUAGAGGAAUCGUAGAACGUGACUACAAGGUGACAAUCAUGCGAUACUGCUUGCCAGUGGAGUUAUGGGUAAUCGAACACCGAACAGGUAUCUUGUCAGCGGUUAUUCAAUCAACAGUGUAGAAAAUUCAAGAUGGCGCCCGUGUGGUUGAUCUUUUUAGCGUGCUAUUUAGCUUUCAUAGUGCUCUUCAUGGCGAUUCCUGCGUCUUUGGGGUUUUCUUUUGGAAUUCGGAAUCUAUAUCUAGCCACUUUAUAUAAAGUCUUUGAGUUCGGAAGGAAAACUAUUCAGUCCAAACAUCAGAAACAUGGAGUCAAAUCAAAUGUUAUAGACAAAACAUUGUCAAAGCUGAAAAAAGCUGACAUACCCAGAAACAGGUCAUUUGGAACCUUCCAGCGAGAAUUCCACAUGGGUGACACUAUUCAGUUCUGUGUUACUGGGGUUGAGGCAAUCAUAGAUGAUGAAGUAACAAAAUGCUUCUCUGCAGAAGAGUUGGAAUCUUGGAAUCUUCUAACCAGGACAAAUGAGAACUACCACUAUAUCAGUGUCAAGCUGACAAUAAUGUGGAUAACAGGCUGUUUUAUAAGAUAUGUCAUAUUGUUUCCCAUGAGGUUUAUCCUAUUUCUACUUAGCAUGUCACUGUUGAUCUCAUCACGAAUCUUCAUUGGAUGGCUUCCAAAGUCCCGCUUCAGAAACUGGCUUGACACCAAGUGCAUGCUGGUUUCGUUCAGAAUUUUUGCAAGGGCUGUGUCUGCUGUAAUCACAUUUCACAACAAGUAAGAAAUAUUACUUUUUGUUCCCUGUAGAAUAUCCAUGUUGUGCAAUCCUGAAAUAAAAAUCAGAAAAUCUAAUAUUCAGCAUUCCAACUGUGUCAAAUUUGGAAAUUUUGUUGACGUUUUGAGCUUUUGCCUGUUGGUCCAAAUUUUUUUGAUUCUUUCCUAAACUUGUAAAAUAUUCGAUGCAAAGUUGUUUUUUAUCAUUGUUUCAUCAGUCUUUUUGUUUCUGUGAGAGUGACAAUUAAGUCCCCAUCUAGGGAAGGCUCAGUGACUGGACCUGAGGAUAAGUCACUUCCUGGAUCAUUAUGGUCUGUUCUUGAGCAAGGUGCAUUGCUCUCACAGUGUGUUCUCUCUUCAGGAAGUCUGAUGUUUUCGGACUUCCAGUAAUAACAUUCUAAGGUCACUUGCUUCCCAACUCCUGGU